CACACCGUGAAUCUCCUCGAGCAGCUUGAAGAAUGCGGGCCCCACGUUCUCGCCACUCAGGGCCGAGGCCUCGAAGAAGUAGAGCCCCUGAUUCUCGGCAAACUCGAUGGCAUCCUCUGUGGGAACUGCUCGGGAGUCGGCCAGGUCAGCCUUGUUGCCGACCAGCAUGAUAACGAUCGAGUUGUCCGCGUGGGCCCGCAGCUCCUCGACCCACCGGGCCACGUGGUCGAACGUUGCUCUUUUGGUGACGUCGUAGACAAUCAUUGCCCCGAGUGCGCCCCUGUAGUACGCGCUUGUCACGGCCCUCAGAUCCAUCCUGGGUUUAUAGCACCAUGGGAUAAGAAGCCAAUAAACAAAGAGCUGAAAAAGGCUAAUCUAACUAUCUACAUCAAAAGCCAGAAGCCACUAAACAAAACUAAGACAAAAAUCCUAUCAACAAAGCAACAAGAGCCAGGUCCGCCCGAUUUAAUAGCAAGUGGUUAUCACACCAAUCAUAAAUCUCUUCAUCAAACUCAAAAUAACUCGUUCUUCGCGAACCUCGACAAAAGCUGGGUUUUUCCGACCGCCGAGUCGCCAAUCACCACCACUUUGAAAACAUACUCGACCCUCUCUUCUUCAUUUUCCAGCUCGCCCUCUAUU